ACAUGGUGUGUCUCUGCUUAAUUUAACAAUAGUAAUGGCGACAUCAUUCUUCUCCUAUGAAAAUUUGUUGCUACUUUUUGUAGAGGGAGUAGUAUACCGUGCUCGUCUGACAACACUGUUUGAUAUUAGUAAAAGUUACAUGAUCGAAUUAUUAUAUUGUGUAUAUUUAUUUCAUUAUUGAUUUAUUAUAAAUAUUAAUGUUAAUUAAUUGAAUAUUAAAACGUAUUUAUUUAAUUAUAUAAAAUGGGAAAGGGAUUUAAUAAUUACAUGUGCAAAAAAUUUUUUCAUCCAGCAUCUCGAGACAAUUUAAAACGAGUAUGGAUGGCUGAACAACAAGCAGAGGCUUAUAAGAAAAAACAAGAGGAAUUACGUGUUCAAUAUGAAAAAGAACAAGAUCUUCAUAAUAAUAAAGCUUUAUUGAGUAAAGAAAGUAAGGACAAACUUAGUGUAAAUUUUAUGUAUGAACCACCACCUGGAGCAAAAAAAGAAAGAGAAAAAGAAGACAAUGAACCAGAAUAUAAAUUUGAAUGGCAACGCAAGUAUAAUGCACCAAGAGAAAGUUAUUGUAAAGGAGAUAGUGAAAUAAGAGAUCAACCAUUUGGUAUUCAAGUACGUAAUGUCCGUUGUAUCAAAUGUCAUAAAUGGGGACAUAUAAAUACAGAUAAAGAAUGUCCUCUGUAUAGUCAGGCAAUGAGUGUAGUAAUGGCAAAUAAUUCACCAGCUACAUCUACUCCAGAUGCUUUAACAUUAGUUCAACAAAUGAGAGAAGAUGGAUUAGCACUUAAAAAAUCAGCUCUUAGUGCUCAACAACAUCUACGAGUUCCUGAGCAUGAACAUCUUAUGGUUUCAGAUGAUGAAGAACAAUCUGAAAUUACAUUCCUAAAAACACUUUCUAAAAAGCAAAAAAAGAAAUUAUUAAUGAAAUUACAACAACUUGAAAAAAGGACUAAAAAAGCAGAAAAAAGAAAAUUGAAAAAACAAUAUAAACAUAAAAAAAAUAAAAGUGAUAUAGAUAGCGAUAGUGACAAUUCCAUCAGCAGCGAUGCUAGUAGUAGUAGUAGUAGUAGUAAUAGUAGUAGUAGUACUAGUAGUAGUAAUAGUAGUAGUACUAGUAAUAGUACUAGUAAUAGUAAUAGUAGUAUUCAAAGUACUAAUACCAGUAGUAGCAUCACAAAUAGCUAUGAUACAAAAUUUAGAAAGGAAAAAAAAGAAAAAAGAAAUUCUAUUUCAAAUGGAGAUUCUAAGAAUUAUCAAGAAAAGAAGGAAAAAAAUAAAACAGAUAGGAAAAAAAGAAAUAGAUUUAAACAUGAAAAAAAAUCCAAGCAUAAAAAAUCUCAUGAAUAUGAUAUGAAAGAAAAUAAACAUAAAGAAUUUAAUAAUCACAGAAAAAGAGAACUUGAAAAAUUUACUGGGAAAAGAACUAAUGAAAAUCAAAAUAAGAAGAAAAUAAAACGAUAUUAAAAUAUCUUUUC